AUGGUGCCCUCGCCUGUCAGUGGGAGUAGCCUCAAGCGCACUUCGCUUCAAGCUGGCUUCGAUGUGGUGGCUAGUUUGGCAAAAAGAGUCCUUAUCACGUUCCAGCCCGGCCCGAGCGCUACUUGGAUAGUGAAGGCCAGUACUUUUGCUGUCAGCGAAGGGCUAAGCCAGCUCGGCUCAGAGCGUCAGCUGGCUGGCCCCAAGAUCUUCCUGGUGGUGGGCGAAUGUGGUGAUGGGAAGAGUACGCUCAUCAAUGCCCUACGGGAUCCAUUGCGCAGUGGUGAGCCCAAGGCGGGCCUUUGCUCGCGCGGAGUCACGAAGAGCAUCGAGGCCUUUGUUGGUUUGCCAAUUGAUGGCAUGCAGGUGGACUAUCUCGAUACGCCAGGCGUAGGAGACAUGGAUGUCACUCCAAUGAAGGUGCUGACGUUGAUUGAGCAGGAGCUGAUGUCGGAUGAGAUCAACGGAGCCGAUGCCAUUGACGGCGUCAUUGUCACCACACCGGUGCCGGACGGCCGUGUGAAGCUGGGCGCACAGGUGGUUCAGUUGUUGGUGGAGCAUGGCUUCAUCGGCGAAGAUAAAUGGGAGAACAUCAUUCUCGUCGGCACGAAGCGCGACCGUGCGACGCCAGACGAGCUCGAUCUUUUUGGCACAGAUCGCUUGGACGAGGAUGGACAGCCCGUCGGGAUCGCCGCACAGUUCUUUGCCAUGGCGCCCAACAGAAAAGGCCCAGUUCUUUGUGCUCAAGCUUUUGAAAACAGGAUGUGA